UAAAUGAUUGCGAGGAAGAAGCAGAGUUUGUUGUGGGCGACAAUUUGAAGACGAAUUUAGCAGCGGAAAAUUAAAGUUUAGCUAAUCUAGCAAAUUAAAGUUAGUCAAAACAUCGGCAGACAUGGCGAAAAUGGCAUUCCAGCACCAGGCCGGCACGGCGAUGGAGUGUUUGAGCAUACCCAUCACGCUGCACAAGGAGAAGGACUACGACCAGGAGGGACGCGAGAUCCUCAAGUGCGGCUUCAAGAUCGGCGGGGGCAUCGACCAGGACUACAAGAAGAGCCCGCAAGGAUACACGGAUUAUGGCAUCUAUGUGACGGAGGUGCACGAGGGCAGUCCCGCCGCCCGCGCAGGCCUGCGGAUCCACGACAAGAUCCUGCAGUGCAACGGCUACGACUUCACCAUGGUCACCCACAAAAAGGCCGUGAGCUACAUCCGGAAAAACCCGAUACUCAACAUGCUGGUGGCCCGCAAGGGCGUGACCUCCACAUAAGUGGUGCUCGGAGCGGGGUCUCCACGGACUACAGCAGUAUUUAAGCGGCAUUUAAACUAUCCCCUCCAGCGCCCCUCGGGGCCAAGGAUCUCUUUGCCUCCUGCAACCUAUGCGAAUACUUAGAUAUACCAACCAUAUUAUACCAUACCAUUAUACAUAUAUUCAUUACGCAUGCAUAUCGCGCACACAUGUAGCCACCCGUAAACGUAGCACCACCUAGUAAUGCUUCUUGUUGAAUUCGAUUUCGCAUUUCUUUGCCUCUCCAAUCCACAAUCUAUCACUUGAUGAACGAAUCGCCAAGCUCCUGAGCAUAAAACAGAUUGCCAAAUACCGAUAUAAACAAACAAUCCCAGAACAACAACAACAACAACCGACUCGAGUAUAAACAAUUUUGUACUUUUAUACGUGCAGACCAUUCCAAAACCAAACUGAAGCAGCAGACGAACGCAGAGUUGUUGAAACGAACAUACAUUCAUAGUACAUACUUGUGAUAAAUGACUUUAACUGUGCAGAUACAUAAGUGCGAGGAAAGCGCAUCACUUAAGUUUAAAUUGAGUUUUUAAUGUUAUAUUGCAUUUGAAUAAAUGUUUGCUAAAUAAA